AUGCCGCCCAAAAAAGCUGCCGCCGCCGCCGCCGCGGACCCCGCGCCGCUUGGCGAUGCUGACGCGAACCGCGUCAGUGCCUCAAACAACACCAUCACAGAGCCCGCCGAGAAACCAGCUCCCAAGUCCCGCAAGCGCAAGUCAGACGCUGCUGACGCUGCCGCUGACACCGCGGAACCGGCUCCCAAGAAGCAGGCCACCAAGAAGAAGGACGACCCCCUCCCGGACCUCUCUGAAAUCCACCUCGAUGGCGACGAACACAUGAAUGUUCCCGUCUAUGACACCUGCGACACCGUGCGCACCAAGAUCCGUGCCUUACUUAAAAAGGAUGGCGUCACCAAGGCCGCCUUCCUGCGCGCCACCGUGAAAGCUGCCUAUGGCGCCGACUCGACGCACAAGGUUGCGCCGAACCUGCUAACUAACUUUUUGAACAAGAAAGGCGCGGGUGCCGGGAACACGAGCAGCGUCUUCUACGCCGCCUACGUCUUCUUUGAGAAGCUGCGCAUCAGGGACAAGAAGCCCAAGGGGAAAAAGAGGGAGGAGAUGGAGAGGGAGUGGCCCAACGGCAUGGAGACCAAGGAGCAGUUGGGCGGCCCUGUGUUUGCGCAUGUGAGUGAGUCGGUGUCGAUGGACAAGUAUGGCAAGACCGUCAUUUCUGGGCCGCGAGGCGUCAUGCGAGGUUGA